UUUCAUAAAGAACGAGUGCAUAGAAUUUAUGUGUUUACUUGCAAGCUGGGUCUUCUCUAAGUUAAUUACGUCGUUCUACUUAGAUAUUAGAAAUUCUUGAUUCUCAAUAUGGGUUGCAAUGCUUCCAAGUCAAAUGGUGUUGUCGAAGUUCAGAUGCCCAAAAAAGUCCAAAAAAAUCUAGAGUCCAAGGAUACUAGCAAAAAGCUUGAAAGAGAAGACAGCUUACGAGGAAGCCAAGCCAGUUUAGCUUCGGGUUCAGUUGCUUCUCGCUCUGACAGAGAAAAUUCUGCUAAAUCUACUCGUACUACAGACAGCGGAGUUGGAGAAUUGGAAGAGGAUAAUAUAAUUAGCGAGAACUCGAGUCCGGAAAAAAUAAAAGAAGCUAAUGUUGAAGAACGUCCUGAAACACCAGAAGAUCUUAGUAUUGAUGGUACCUCAAUCGCAAGAAGAAAGAAGAGUCCCAAAGAAAGAAAGGAAGUGUCAUUCACCAAGGAGAUGAAUAACAACAACAGCACUAGCAUUAUAGAGCGACCCCAAAGCAGAGGUGGAAUGGCUUUCGACGUUGUACUUUAUCCUGACACUGGUAAUGUUAAGAGAAGACCAAUGAAGCUAAAGACUCUGGAAAAGAAAAAACCAAAAGCGAAACGAAGAACCAAGGAAGAAAUAAAAAACAAACUCGAAGAAGCGAAGGAACGAAGAAUGGAACACAAUAAUCAAAUUAUAGAAAAGGCAACAUUAUCUCGUAAAGAAARACAACUAAAAGAAGCAAGAGCAUUAGAUGAAUUUGCACAAAGACAAGCAAGAUUUCAAGAAUCACAAGAACAAGAGUCAUAACUGAAAAAAUAUAAUAAAAUAAUUAUAAUUAUUUAGAUUCAACACAAAUGUAAAUAUACAAGUUCAAAAACUGAAUUUUUAUAUCUAUAAAAACACAACAAUCUCAUAUCAAGAAUUUUUUUUAUUUUUUCAAUUAUACUUUUAAAAAUACACAGAUUUCUUGGCAUUCUGAAAACGUUUUGAAAGAUUGCUUACUUUUUAAUAUAUUUUCCGUAUCUAGUUUAUAACUAGUUAGAACUACUUCGAAACUUUAGUUUGACAUGCUUAUACUCUUAUAGAGAUGAAAUGAAAUUGUAAAUUACAGCCUAAUUACAUAUUUUUAGACAACUUAAUAACUCUUGACAUUACUCUGCUUGUAGUGGUCUUUUUCUGCCCUGCAUUUUGGCAUAAGGACAGAGCAGAAAGACCUCUGCUUGCAUUGUACAAAGCACUGAUCAUUAUUCAAAAUGGGAUGUUGUGAUGUGGCAGUGAGAUAUUUUUUCAUCCCCUGUCAAUCAUGAUGCACAUUUAUUAACAGCUUGCAUGCACACAUUUUUCCCUCUUCUUCUAAGUAAUCCCUCUUCCUUCUCCAAGUAAGGACUGGUCCCCAAGGUUGUGAAUAACAUAUACCAUGGUGCAGGUCACCAAUUCGUGUACCAAGUGUGAAUCCAACUGUAUGUGUGCCUUUUUAUAAGUUUUUAAAUAAAAGCAAAAUUUUGUCAAAA